AUGUGGCGCGAGCACGGCUGGCUGGUCCCGUACGACCGUGAAGCGUUCGGUGAACCGGCCUGUGUUCUUCCACUGAUGGCUGUCGACCAGGCUCACAAGGCGUCAACUCCCGUGCGGCCGUGCUUGGACUACCGCGCUCUGAAUGAGUGUCUCGUGUCGCACCCAGGCCUGGAUGCGCCGGCUUGCGGCCAGAAGCUGCGCGAGUGGCGACUCGAGGACGGUGAUAGCGCCCUCCUUGAUCUGAGCAAGGCGUACCUCCAGAUCCGGAUGGCUCCCCGUCUGUACCGCUAUCAAGCGAUCGUGUGGCAAGGAGAGUUGUUUGCCAUGACGCGCAUGGGGUUCGGCCUCAACGUCGCGCCGAAGAUCCUCGACAUGGUCGUGAAGUGGGUGACCAAAGACCUCGACGGCGUGGACAACUAUGUCGACGACUUGCGUGUGCCGGACUCCCAAGUGGCGGCCACGAUCCAGCAGCUCGAGCGCUACGGCCUGAAGUGCAAGCCUGCCGAGAAGCUCCCUACUGCUCGGGUGCUGGGCCUCCAGCUCUCGACUCAAGACGGCACGAUCAACUGGCAACGUCGCCGUGACGUCUGCCUGCAGCUACCGGAGGCGCCCACCAAGCGCGCCGUGUUCAGCUGGUGUGGCAAGCUCGUCAGCCAUUACCCCGUCUGUGCGUGGCUGCGACCGACGACGAAUUGGCUGAAGCGGAUGAUCGGCGAAUCCGUCGGCUGGGAUGUCGCCGUGCCACCUCGUCUGCUGCAGCUCUGCCGCGACCUCCAGACCCAAGUCAACGAGCACGAUCCGGUGCGUGGCGUAUGGUCGGUGCAGCAUGACACCGCAACGGAGUGGCACGUGUGGUGCGAUGCGUCGGGAAUGGCGCUGGGUGUCGUGGUGCAAGUCAACGGCGAGGUCAUCGAGGACCGCAGCUGGCUGCGCCCGGCUGACGACAAACGGCAUAUCAACAUCGCUGAGUUGGACGCCGUCAUCAAGGGCCUCAACGCGGCUGCCAAUUGGCCUGCUCGGAAGAUCCGCCUCCACACGGAUUCCAAGACCGUGCAUGGCUGGCUUCGUCAGAUCCUCGGGAACGAGCGCCGCGUGAAGGUUGGCGGGCUCCACGAGCUGCUCGUCAAGCGUCGGUUGCAGAUCAUUGACGACAUCGUCGCCACAGCUCGCCUUGACGUGGAGGUGGACUGGGUUCCGUCAGAACAGAACCUCUUCGACCAGCUCACGCGCGUUCCGACGUCCUGGCUGGCCUGCACAUCGGAUAACAGCGCGACGGAUGUUGCUGCCAGCCUCGCCAUCAUGCCGAGUCAGUCGAUGGCCGAGAUCCUGGCCGGGCAGGAGGACGAUGGUGCACUCCAGGCAGUGAAGGCCGCAGUGAUCGCUGGGGACGACCUCCCGCCUACAGCGGCUUCCGGAACAUCCGCGCGGGCCGUGCGUGCAGCCCACCAGGUGUCUGGCCAUAGUGGCUGGGAGGCGACGUGGCAGUUGCUUCGAUCCCAGUGCCAUUUCUUGGGCAUGGGACAGCCCUGCCUAGCGUUUGUGUCCGGAUGCAGCAGCUGUCCAGCCGCCAACCCACGCCGCGGAGAGGCGACCGAGCUCACUCGUCCGGUAUCAGCCAACGGCCCCUGGGAUGUGGUGCACAUCGAUACCCUCGAGCUCGGCGUUAACUGGUCCGGGCGUUACCACUGCGUGUUGGUAUGCGUGGAUGCAUUCACCAAGUGGGUCGAGGUGGUUCCCCUCAAGCGUCAUGACGGCAUCUGUGUGGCUAGAGCUUACGUCAACGUGUGCUCUCGGUGGGGUCCUCCUCGCGUGGUUCGAUCCGACAACGGCACAGAGUUCAAGAACGCUGUCAUGUCUUCCGUCUACGAGGCGUUCGGCGUUCAUGUCUGCUACGGCGCAGCACGUCAUCCCCAGUCGCAAGGCGUGGCUUAG